AUGAUAGCUGCGGACAUAGCACACUCGGCGAAGGGCUACGAAUCAGAGGAUGAAAACGCGGGCAGAAAGCGGCAGAAGGCCAGCGACGACCGGCCAGCCAGCAAGACCACGAUGUACUCCAAACAGGAGUUUCGAGAACAAUACUGUAUCAACAACAAACAACUGGACCUGCUGGAACUGGAGAAGUCCAAGAAGGACAGAUUCCUCGGAUGCCUGUCACAGUACCACAUCGAGAGUCCAUGCUCAAGAUCAAAUAGGGCAUCAUUUCUAUCCGUGUGUGUCCGUCGUCGAGUGCCCUCAGAUGAGAACCUCAACACCGAUUAUGCACCCAUGCAGCGGUUUCCCAGGAGGUUUGGUCAGCCGAGUCCAGCACCUCCCGAGGUGUGCGCAUACGAUGCAGACCUGGAAUGUUCAUACUUCCGCCGGCGGCCCCGCUCGGUGUGCAGUCAGCCUGACCCCAAACGCUACACCUGGAUGCCAGAAGAUGAAGACUUCACCCGGAUGGAGUGGCCACAAUCGGUAAUAGAAGAUAACGCGGGUUGGCCCCAAAACUAUAGUGUGGACCAAAUCGCGUCUGUAAGCCGAGGUGGCUCAUUGCCUAGACCACCUUCUAUUAUACCCUGCCCCGCCCACACUCCGAUACCUCCGCCACCUCCACCACCGCCUCUCACCAUACCACCGCACAGAACUAAGCACGUAUCGUUUGCACGUUCGCACACGCUAACAACAUUCGACGACUCAGUGAUGCCGGCUGCCGUUAGCGGUAGUAGAUUUAGGAGAGAUUGCGAGAGACUGAUCGAUGGACGUGUAGUUAAGCUAGAAAACAAGCCAUAUUCAACGCUACCGGUAAUGUUCCAGCCGUUUCCACCUUAUCCGCAGUACAUAGCUGCGCAAGCACCGGCUCCUAUACAUUACCCGCCACCAAUAGCGCCGCUACAAACCCAUACAAUACCGCCGGUACAACGUCCAACACAGAGUGAAGCACCGAAAGUCGUUGUUUUAGAUUCUAUUAAAAAGGGAGUGAUGAGAACACAGGCUACUCAAACAGAAGUUUGCUUAGGAAGAAAGCCGCUGCCACCUAAUUAUCUUUCACUAAGUCCUAGAACUAUAAAACGGGUAAAAAUGGUAGCAGCUGGCGUUCAAACUAAUGGUUAUACAGUAGGAGUACGUAGGUUAACAAAAUCAUUUUCUGAAGUUGGAGGGGAUAGACUAGCUGGACUCGACACUCCAACUGACGUGGCUGUAGAUAUUGAAAGUAUCAUCGGUACGGAUCAUGAAAAACUACACAGAACACAAUCAGAAGAGCCACCUCGAUCGCCACGUUCCACUGUAAUGCCAGCCUCACCACUGAUACGAGGUGAUUCAGACGACGUAACUUCAUCUUCUAUAAAAUCAAUAGCAUCAUCACAAGUGGACAAAUCGUCAGAACUUAGUGCAUUACAACGCCAAACUCAAGAAUAUUUCCAACAAAAUUUCCAAUUUAUUCAUGAAAGCGAUAGAGACGAUACUAUAGAUGAUGACAUCGAAACUAUUGAAAAAAGUAUGGCAUUGAAUCGAAGAAAUUUAGAAUACCUUCAGCAAGAAAUAGCUAAACAAGCUAAAGGAGAGAGGUCGCUACGAUCUAUUUUAUCAAAAAGUACAAGUGAUACAUCCCAAAAAACCGUUAACUCUUCUCAUCCGUUAUCAAAAACUUCUACAUUUCAAUCGGAACCGUCAACUGAAACUUCUGCUACGACAACAGACGAUAGUGAAAAGAAUGAAAAAGAAAUAAUAAUUGAUUUCGAACCAAGGCCAGACGAAGAGGCAAUACCUUUCACAACAUUACGCAGAAAAAAUAAAAGAGUUUUGCAAAAAACUCUGUCUGAAGGUGAAAUAUUAUUAGAUGCCAGAAAAACAGAAAUCUCUACAAACGCCGAAGGUGUUAAGGAUGCACCUAUAGUAAUGUCAACGAGUCAAGAAAAUAUGACUAAAGAAGACCGUGAAAGAGAAGCAAUGUAUCGACAAUACAUAACCAAAAACUACAGUCAAACUCCAAUCAAAGAUGAAGGCAUUUUUGGAUUCGAACCCGAUGGCUCUUUCAGUUCUUCAGACGGAAACGCACCAUAUGAAGAUUUUCAUGAAAAGUAUAUUAGUUACAAGCAUGAACCAUUUAGAAUUCGAAGUGUAAGUUUUGAAGAGAAAACAGAGAGAGUUUACAAGGAAGAAGUUCCUUUGGAUGGUACGGCUAAAUCAAGUCCUGCAUCACCAGAUCCAACCAACUGCAAUGUUGAAGUUGAAACAAAAUCAAAUCAUGCAAUCAUGACUAGUAAUAUUACUACUACUCUCGCACCUCUCGAAAAAACUUCACCUUGUGUUUCCAGUGAAUCGUUAACAGUAGACCAAAGCAGGGAUCAUUCUGAUGGAAUGUGGAAUGAAUCACAAGCGACCGUACUACAAGUAGAUUCCGGCACUGAUAAUGGAACAGUUAUAAGUUCUUCAGAUUUAAGUUCCUUAGCUACGUCUCCAGGCGCAUUAGCUUUAUUAACUCCUACUUCAAGACGAAAACAAUUACUGUUACUACAACAUCAACAAAGAUCUUCUCUAGACACUGAUGCGUUAGAUGAAGAAUUUGACGCCUCUCAGAGUCAAUCACCGACCUCACCACGAAAUAAAUUAGAUACAUCCAGUUCAAGUUCUGUACAACACACAAGAGCCUCGCUGUCACCUCCAGCUGUUGUUCCUAAUAUAACGUUACCAAUUACUAAACAACCCACAAUAUCAAAAACUUUAACACCAACAAUAUCUAUGAAACCAAACCAUACGCCUGCCAUAGCUAUCACACAUCCUAGUUUAGAUUUAACUGAUAUACCAUUUAAAAGGACUCCUAGUUUUAUAAACAAAAAGCGAGAAAGAGCUCUAAGUCCAUCGAGAAGACAAGAGUUACAAAGGAAGGCUCAGCAGAAAGAACCUAAUGGUAAAAUACCAAACCAAAUAGCAGAAUCUCCUUCAGAACCAUCUUUAGCAAAAGCAGUGAGUAGUGAAACUAGUUUAGCAAGGACUGAUUCUGGUAAACUUAAUACAACAGAUAUAUCUGAGAGUACAACUACGACAGAAGACUAUGUUACUGCUAAUUCUGACAGUUCAAAAAAGAGUAAUUGUAAAAAUCAAAACAAUAAUUCUGAAAAUAAUAACAAAGCCCAAGAAGGAUCUUCAUUUGAAAGCGCUUCGAGUUUGUAUUCAUCUACCAAAACUGAUAAUGUUGCCGAAGAUUUAAUAGUUCCAAGUUUUUCACCUCCGUUAGAAAUACGUGAUGACUUUAUAGUACCUAAUUUAUCAUCCCCUCCAGUGCCGCUACCCGAUAGGUUAUCAAAAACAAAGGUUGAAAGAAUAGAAGUAAAAGCUGAUAUAACACCUAUAGAAACGAAUAGAAAAAUUAAGACUGAGAUUAUAAAAUCUAAAGAUGAAAUAUGUAGGAAACCUAUAUCUCGUGACGCCAUUAGUGGUAAAAGUAGUUCAAGCGGUAGUUAUAGUAUAGGUGGUUCAAACCCUAACGUUACUGAAACUUUAUCAGAUAAAGUUUCCGUUGAAAAAAUAAAGGAAUUGCCUGAAAAAUCAGAAAAAUCGGAGGCAAAAGGAAAAGAAGAAAAGAAAGCACCUAAUGGUGAACAAAAAGAACAAUUAGUUCCUAAAAUGAUAGGCUCUUUAUCCGAUGACGAACGAAGUGUACAUUAUUCAUCAUCAGGUUAUUAUGAAAGUCCUAUAGAUGACGAUGAUGAUGGUGGUUUAAGUAAAAUUUUCUUUAUAGCUUACAAGCAUUCGCAAAAAUACAGAUCAACUUGUAGACCAAAAUCUUGGGUAUCGGAAGAAAAGAGAAAGAAAAAGAAGGCUUUUACUUUAGAAUUUUCAAAAUCUUAUGAUGAUUCUAUAUCUACGUCACAAGAUGAUUGGGGCAAAAAAGAUAAAGAACACGAAUCCCCAAAUCAUCGACCAGAUCGUAGUAUAUUCAAACCGAAUAGCACUAAGUCUCCAUUAGAGGAAAAACUCAACGAGCCUAGAAAAAAGAAAACACAUUUUGUAGAAAAAACAAAAAGCGUUCAGUCAUCGCCACGAGAAACUGUAGAUAUUGAAAAGUCUAUUAAGGAAAAAAAUAUAAAAGAAAAGGAAAAUGACAAUAAAAGGCCAAACGAGAGAGAAAGAUAUGUAAAGAGAACAAAACUUAAAGCAAAGAGUCCUACUCAAAAUAAAACAAUUGAUAGUACUUACAGACAACCACAUUAUGAUAGAAGAGAUACCAUAGGAUCUAAUGUCAAGCUACAUUUAAAUAUACCAACUUCAGACGACUCAAGUGAACAAUACAGGAAAGAUGGAAUAGGUAAUGGAAACGUGUCUCCUAGAAAACAUAGACGUAUAAGGGACAGCCCGAGACGAAAAUCGGGAAAUAGUAAUAACAAUUCUGCAAAAUCUCCGACAUCUAAUAAUCAGUCUGCUUAUAGACCUAGACGGAAAAGUGGAUCGAAUGAAAGCAUAUCCCUACCCGGAAGCCUACCACGAAGAAAACAAUCUAUACCGACAAUUCCUUGUUUAAGUUCAUUAGAAGCUGAAGAUAUUGAAACAGCACGAACCCUUAAUAAUGCUGGAUCAAGGUUGACUCCGUUACGAUAUAUAAAAAGUCCUUCGUCAUCACCUAGGCAUUAUAAAAAACAGGACGGAAAGUUUGCAAAGGCGGCUUCAGCAGAAUCUCUACGUUCCGUUUCACCAGGAUCGGACUCCGUAUUCUAUUCGGAACACACUGAGCAUGACUUGGUCGGAGCAGAGUGCGAAGCAAAGGCACACUGCCUUCACUGCGGCAAAGAAGUUCAUAUUGUCACCGCUACUCAUGAUCAUGACAGCCGAACUUCAAGAACAUCGCAUACGGACGAAUCUUAUGCGGACGCAACUCCUGAUAUUGUGCCCGCACCAGCUGGGUUUGCUGAUUCUCCAUCUUGCGGACCCAAAAAGCAUACAACUGGUGCCAGAUUGUACAAAAAACUUGAUAAAAGAUACCGUUCUGAAGAUAAAUCUCGGCAAUAUCGUCAUCGGCAAGACGUUCGAGCAAAGUCAGAAGAAAGAGGUAAAGAGGAUUAUACAAGAAUGGAAAAGCCUCAAGACACUCGUAUUGCACGAUCAGCCGGAAACAGUCUGGACAAACUCGCCGGUUCUAAUGCUAGUGUUGAUCCUGAUGAACAUGAAGAAUGUUCAUGCAGUUCAGAUGGCGCUGAAGACGAAAAGGGUGUAUACGCUACUCCGUGGUGGUGUGGUAACUGGAUCCUGUUGUCUGAAAAUGAUGAUAAUUGGACACGGAUACCGCCAGAUAUGAUAGAACCGUCAGAUUUACAAGAAGAUCCAACGGAAUCGGAGUCUGAAUUCAACAAACGCUACGUAGCUCUCACCCACCGACUCGUUCAUAGGCGGGCCUGCAUCGAACUGAAUCGACGGCAAGCAAACAAUACAUUUGAGAGUGACAAAACAGUAGUAGUGAGACGUGGUAAUGAAGAAUUCGGGUUCAGAAUACAUGGGAGCAAGCCGGUCGUUGUGUCAGCGAUUGAGCCUGACACUCCUGCUGAGUCUUCCGGGCUUGAAGUUGGAGAUAUCAUUAUAGCCGUCAAUGGAAUUAAUGUAUUAGACAAAACACACUCGGAAGUUGUAAAAAUAGCUCACUCUGGCUCAGAAAUUUUGGAAUUAGACGUGGCAAGAACAUGCGAAGUUGUGGCGUCACUCGCUCAUGAAGCCGGUCCUGCUCUGUACUCCGGGUACCUUUGGCGCGCUGCUACCGGACGCCACUCGCUCCGAUGGACCAGACGCUGGUUUGUGCUCAAGAGGGACAACUGCUUGUACUAUUACAAGACGGAUUCCAGCAUACACCCAGUAGGCGCGCUCAUGCUAGUCAACUAUCAGCUAACAGAAGAGGACGUGGGUAGACCGCAUGGGUUCCGCAUCCAGCGCGGAGGUGGAACAAGAUUGCAGCUUGCCGCUGACAGCGCUGAAGCCGCUGCGCGCUGGAAAGCUGUACUAGCUCAUGCUAUUGACGCUAGUAAUCAGCGUGAUGGCUGGCUAGAAGUUACAAUGAGGAAUAUGAAACUACCGCCUUCAUCGAUACUUAGACCUGAUUGUUUCGGAUACCUGAUGAAGUUAGGCUCCAAAUGGAAAUCUUGGGCUAAGCGGUACUGCGUACUUAAAGAUGCCUGUCUCUACUUCUACAACGAUGGAAAUAGCAAAAGUGCUUUUGGACUGGCAUGUCUUCACGGAUAUAGAAUACAAACGUGUUCGCCCGGAGGCAAGAAAUACGCUUUCGAAGUUAUGCCCACAGAACCUAAGCAGAGACACUUCUAUUUCCACACGGAAUCAGAAAUGGACAGGAAACGAUGGAUGGCAGCUCUAGAGUACUCGAUAGACCGAUGGAUGAAGGCCGGUUGACGACGACAAUUUACUUCAGAUUCAUUCGAAUUUGUAUAACUAUAGACUUUAUAAAAUACAUAUGUUCCUUUUUUA